AUGUCUAACGCUUUAGUCACUGAAGAAGUCUAAAAUAAAAGCCCUAAGCAAGUUUACUAAGAGUCCAACGAUUUGAUGCCUCAAGGUGAACAAGCAAUUACCAAGUAAGUAUCAAAUGAUUAAUUGUACCUCGAAUAUGAAAAAGAACUCGCAUAACCUUUACCUCCUCUCAAAUUAUGGUAUAAAGUUGCUUUUGUUUUUCUCGGUAUUGCCUCUCUUGCUGGUUGGAAUGCUAUCUUAACAGCUUUUGAUUUCUUUGGUCAAAAGUAUCCCAAAGGCUAAUUCUUGGAUGUAACUUUCUAUUUCCCCAUUCCAAUUAUGAUUACAAACUUUUUGGCUGGUUUAGCUUGCCCUGCCUUAGCUCGUCGUUUUAACUACAAUCAAAGAAUUGCUUACUGCUUAAUGGGUGUCUGUUGUACUAUGAUCAUAGUUACCAUCAUAGCUAUCUUCUACAACACUACUGCAGGUUAUUGGAUCUCAUUUUGCAUUCUUUUCAUUUAAGGAUUUAUCGAUAGUGUUAAUACUAACUCUUUGAUUGCUUUAGCUGGAAGUGUUCAUCCCUCCAUCAAUAAUAUCUACUGGACAAGUACUGCUCUUUCUGGUUUGACUAUGAAUGUUAUCAGAUUAAUUGCUCUUGCCAUUUUAGGAGAUAGUGAACAAUCUACUAACAUUUGCACAGCCCUUUACUUCUGUUUUGCUGCUGUAAUUUACAUCUUCUCAAGUAUGAUGCAAAUUAUUUUCACUAAGUGUGAUUACUUCAAGCUCGUUGAAAGAAGAUCUUUCCUUAAAAACUAAAUUGAAAACAAAAUAACAACACAAACUGAAAUGUAAAAUGUUAGAAGCACUGGAAAUGUUUAAACUGAUGUAAAUCUUGAUUAACAUGAAAAAUAAACUUCCUCUCUUAAGAAAAAUGCAUUCUUCUAAUAUUUAGCUUACUUAUCUUAAGUCUUCAAAUACUCAGGAUGUAUUCCUCUUUACUUAGUUCUUAUCUAUAUCCAAACUUUCAUGAUGUUCCCAGGUGUUUCUAUCUUCCAAAAGACUACAUACGAAAUUAUUAAAUUCCCUUGGGCUGGUGUUUUUAUGAUUUUACUCUUUAAUCUCGGUGAUCUAGUAGGAAAAUACAUUGGAGGCAUAAAGAUGCUUUAAAAAUUAUACUUAACUUACUCUAUUGUUAUUAGUAGAUUUAUUUUCUACGUUUUCUUCUUACUUAUUUCUAGACAUAAAGGUAGCGAAGAUUUAUAAAAUGAUGUCUUUUCAUGGUUCUGUAUUUUCUUAUUUGCAGUAACUAAUGGUUAGUGCACAACUGCUCUCAUGAAUCUUGGACCUAAAAAUGUUAAGGACCCUAAAAUAGUUGACCUUAUCAACUUUAUUGGUGGAUUCGCUAUUACUUUUGGUAUUUCUAUUGGUACAUUUUUAGCUCUUCCUCUUGUAUAAGAGUGA